UCCCUCUCUUUCACCACCAACAACUGAGUUGCAUGCAGUUCCGUAAUAAUUCUGGACGUGGCUUCUUCCAGCUCACCUUUUUCACUGCGCUUUGACGACAAAUGCUCCAUUGACCUGUGGUUCCGUCGUCUGUAGGCAAUGGAAACCAAGGCUUUGAAUGCGGAUUCCUUGCAGAAUAGAGCUCGCUGAGUCUGCAAGGCGCUGAACACACAAAGCACGACGGGGAGUUGCCCGCGCCCUGACCUCUGAGCGCGUGCGACAUGCACCCCCCAUGCACAACCAUCCCAUCAUUUCGCCUUGGCACAUCUACGGGACCAAGCGAUGGAGAUGGACGUCGUCUACAUACGCUCCUACCCGGCGCGGCCAAACGACGUAGACGCGCUGCCGACGGACGCCACUGACCCCCGCCGCAGGUGGAGCGUCUCGAUCCGCGUCAACGACCACGACCCCAUCGCGGCGGUCAUCACCGACCCGUUCCAGGAGGUACAGUACCGGACCGUCCUCGAGACGUACCUUAAGAGCUCGGAAGGCACCACAUGGAACAAUCAUGACCUGACCCAGAAUGACACCAGCGGCAACGGCACACUUGGCAGAAACAGAACCGGCGGCGGCGUCAGAUUUAGCAGCAUUAGAGUCGGCGGCAGCGGCAGACCAAGCGAUAGCAGAAACGGCGGCAACGGCGGCAGACCAACAGCCAUCGACGACGGGGCGUCUCGCGCGGAGUGGCUGAUCCGCAAGUAUGGCGAGAACCUACUCGCCCAGAUUGAGCUCGCGGCGGGCAUCUUCAGCGUCGGCGUCGGCGUCACCGAGGCUCAGAUCUUCGUCGUUGAGCACCACGAUGUCGACCCCACCAGUAGGACGCUCGGCGGCAUCCACUGCCUCGCAUGGGAGCUGCUUGAGGACGUGCACGCCGCCCACCUGCCCAACCUGCGCCUGCGCGUCACCCGCAUCACCGACUUCCCCGCGCGGCGCUUCAUGUGGCCCCCGCUGCCCCCCGCCGCGCCCCUCGCCUUUGUCCAGGCCGACCAAAGCGCCCAGUUCAAGGUGCUGCUCGUGGUGGCGCGCGACUUCAAGAGGGCUGGCGGCGAUCGCGACCCCGAGCCGGACCUCGCCCAGUGGCCGCUGAUGCGCCUCCAGAAGAAGCUGCGCAGCAGGCUGCUGCUCGAAGUGGUCAGGCCGGGCAGCCGCGAGGAGUUGGAGCGCCACUUGCAGCUAAGGGCCUCGCAAAAUGUCGAGUUCAACCUGGUGCACUUUGACCUACACGGACGCAUAAUGCGCGACGAGAACGGUACGUUGGUGCCCUGGCUGCUCUUCGCCCAGCAACACGAUGGCGGCCACUACUUCAUGCCCGAGACGACCCUCGCCAAGGCAGAGGAGAUAGCCGAGCUACUGUCGCGGUAUCGUAUCGAGAACGUGGUGCUUAAUGCGUGCCUCUCGGCGUACAACCGGACGGGCCCGGCGACGAACCUGGCGUACAUCUUUCUCAGACACGGGAUCCAGAACGUCUCGGCCAUGUGGUACUAUGUGCACUGGCAGACCGUGGCGACGUACCUAGACACAUUUUACGAGCAGCUGCUGGCCAAGUGCAUAGAUUUUCACGUCGCGGCACAGCGCGGGCGCGAGGCGAUCCGCCAGCGGCCCACGGUACGCGCCGAACGCGAGUACCACGACUUCUUCGUGUGCGUCAACUACGCGCGCAACGUGCACCGGACGGAGAGCAUGAUGCGUGAGGUCAGCCCGUCGCCGUCGGCGCGGUCGCACGAGUCAGGCGCGUCCAACGCAUCCGGCCGCAGCCCACGCACUGGAGGCGGAUGGAGGGCGUCGACGCCGCGGAUCGGCGACAGCCUCUACCUCGGCGACGAGCCCGUGAUGCGGCUGCAGCUGCACCUGCUGGAGCUCGAGUUCAAGCUGACGACGUUCCGCAUCGUGUACGCGAGCAACCUCCGGCACAGCGCAUCAGACAUGGACGCGACGAUGGAGCGCAUGAUCAACAUGUGGCUCCUGACCAACUUUGUCGACGAGGUGCACUACUACAAGGCCAAAGAUUUUGCUAAGCGCAAGAUGGUCAAGGGCGUCAUCCCUCCCCGCGACCGACGGACGCGGGCGACGACCGGCGGAUACCUGCAGCUGCUGUUUCAGCGGCCGGUGCAGGCGUUGCGGCAGACGAUGCAUGUGGUGCGCGAGCUGGACUCCGUUUUGGACCCGGGCUGGCAGGACGACGUGGGAGAGAACCAUCGCCUCGAGCAAAGGCGAUAUGCCGCCUCUGACGGCCUGGGGCGGCUCGCGCGACGGGUGCGCGAUGAGGGCGAUAGCUUCCUGCUGCUCCUUGGCAGCGGCAACACGCAGUGGUGGAAGCAGUUUCUGAACCACGUCGAGGGCGAGUGGUGGGCGCACGUGCCCUGGGGGUUCACGCCGCACACCAGGUAUGGCGCGGGGCAUCAUCAACUCGGGCCUGCGGAGGAUUCGUCUUCAGAGACGGAAACGGCGCGCCGAGAGACAUGAGCUGGUGCGGUUGACUCCCCGGCGGCAUGGGGCCGAGGCGCGGAUAAUCAUGGAGAAGCAGGUGAAGAAGCCUGCUUUGUAUAGUAAACGGCAUGUUUGCAUGGACGGGCGGGGACUGGGGGGGCGUUUUCUGUCAUUUGGGUUUUCCCUUUUUCGCAUUUGGCAUGGCGCACUCUUGCUUUACAUGUAGAAUCUUCGGGAGUCCGUCAGGCUGGGCGGCAAACGAGUACGAAGAGCCAGGGUCUACUUUGGUGUGUUGCUUCGAACUGAGCUGGUGGCCGGCGAGGGAUAGCACAGGUAGCAUCUGCAGAAAUGUAGAGUAUGGAAUGACUAGAAAGUACUGCG